CUCAUGUGACUCAGUAUUCAACAGCAGUAGUAAAGAGGAAGAAGGAGAGAUAGAGAGAGAAAUUACAAAAUAAGGUGUAGCUUUCCAUGAUUUGAUUCCUUCCAUAGUUCUGCAGAUCACUAGAUGUAACUGUUGACGUCAAAGUGUGUGCCUCAACAAUGGCUUUUGGACUUCUCAUUGCAUAUGUUUUAUUGGGUGUGCUGAAUUUUGGGAACGCUGAAAUUUACAUUGUGACAGUUGAAGGGGAACCUGUGAUAAGUUAUAAAGGUGGAAUCAAUGGUUUCGAUGCUACAGCUUUGGAGGAAAAUGAGAAACUUAAUGUAGCCAGUGAAUCUGUUUCAUCAUAUGCAAAACAUCUGGAAAAGAAACAUGAUAUGCUUCUAGGGUUGCUGUUUGACCAAGGAACUUACAAGAAACUAUAUAGUUACCGCCAUCUCAUAAAUGGCUUUGCAGUUCAUAUUACACCUGAGCAGGCAGAAAUCCUUAGACAAGCUCCUGGUGUGAAAUCAGUUGAAAAGGAUUGGAAGGUGAAAAGGCUUACAACCCAUACCCCUCAAUUCCUGGGGCUUCCCACUGGAGUGUGGCCAACUGGAGGUGGCUUUGAUAGGGCUGGAGAGGAUAUUGUUAUAGGCUUCGUGGACUCUGGAAUUUUUCCACACCAUCCUUGCUUUGCAAACCACAUUGCUGAACCCUAUGGACUUCUUCCAAAAUUUCGAGGACAUUGUGAAAAGGAUCCGAAGACAAGAAAGAACUACUACUGUAAUGGGAAAAUCAUUGGAGCUCAACAUUUUGCAGAAGCUGCUAAAGCUGCCGGUGCAUUUAAUCCUGAAAUCGAUUUUGAUUCUCCUCUUGAUGGUGAUGGACAUGGAAGUCACACGGCAGCCAUUGCAGCUGGAAACAAUGGAAUUCCUGUCAGAAUGCAUGGAUUUGAAUUUGGAAAAGCAAGUGGAAUGGCUCCCCGUGCAAGGAUUGCUGUGUACAAGGCACUGUACAGGCUGUUUGGAGGAUUUGUUGCAGAUGUGGUUGCUGCUAUUGAACAGGCAGUUCAUGAUGGCGUUGACAUUCUCAAUUUGUCGGUGGGGCCAAACAGUCCUCCAACAACUACAAGAACCACAUUUCUAAACCCUUUUGAUGCUACACUUCUUUCAGCAGUCAAAGCUGGAGUAUUUGUUGCUCAAGCAGCCGGUAAUGGAGGUCCUUUCCCCAAAACAUUGUUGUCUUAUAGCCCAUGGAUAGCAUCUGUAGCUGCUGCAGUUGAUGAUAGGAGAUAUAAGAAUCAUUUGACACUUGGCAAUGGGAAAAUAUUAUCUGGCAUUGGGUUGUCACCUUCUACACAUCCGAAUCGAACGUUCACUAUGGUUGCUGCUAAUGAUGUUGUUUUGGACUCUUCAGUUGACAAAUAUAUUCCUUCAGACUGCCAGAAGCCCGAACUUUUGAACAAGAACUUGGUGCAGGGAAACAUUCUUCUUUGUGGCUAUUCAUUCAAUUUUGUUGUUGGAACAUCGUCAAUAAAAGCUGUCUCCGAAACAGCGAGAAGUCUUGGUGCCGCUGGAUUUGUUCUUGCUGUUGAGAGUUCUUCGCCGGGAACCAAAUAUGAUCCUGUUCCUAUCAGACUUCCUGGGAUUGUCUUAACUGAUCAGAAGGAUUCAAUGGAGCUUAUAAAGUAUUAUAAUUUGUCCACUUCAAGAGAUUGGACGGGGCGUGUUAAGAGCUUUAAAGGAAUAGGACGCAUUGGGGAUGGUUUGAAGCCUAUACUUCAAAAAGCUGCGCCACAAGUGGCAUUGUUCUCUGCUAGAGGACCAAAUAUCAAAGAUUUUAGCUUCCAAGAUGCUGAUAUACUCAAACCAGAUAUUCUGGCUCCUGGUUCUCUAAUUUGGGCAGCAUGGGCUCCUAAUGGAACAGACGAAGCAAAUUAUAUUGGCGAAGGAUUUGCUAUGAUAUCUGGAACCAGCAUGGCUGCUCCUCACAUAGCAGGAAUUGCUGCUCUUGUGAAGCAGAAGUACCCUCACUGGAGCCCUGCGGCUAUCAAAUCAGCUUUGAUGACAACAUCAUCAACUAUUGACCGAGCAGAGAGGCCGCUACAAGCCCAAGAAUANGUGUCACUUAAAUACAAGAGAUUUAGCGAAGGAUUUGCUAUGAUAUCUGGAACCAGCAUGGCUGCUCCUCACAUAGCAGGAAUUGCUGCUCUUGUGAAGCAGAAGUACCCUCACUGGAGCCCUGCGGCUAUCAAAUCAGCUUUGAUGACAACAUCAUCAACUAUUGACCGAGCAGAGAGGCCGCUACAAGCCCAAGAAUAUUCUUCUUCUGAAAUGUUGACACUUGUUCAAGCAACACCUUUUGAUUAUGGCAGUGGCCAUGUCAAUCCCAGGGCUGCCCUUGAUCCUGGCCUUGUUUUCGAUGCAGGUUACGAAGAUUAUUUGGGAUUCCUGUGCACAGUACCCGGAAUCGAUCUUAACGAGCUAAAGAAUUUCACGCACUCAGCUUGCAACUACACGCUUGGCCACCCAUCAAAUCUGAAUAUGCCCUCAAUCGCGAUUUCAAAGCUCGUGGGUACCCGAACCGUGUCGCGCUCCGUGACCAAUGUAGCCGAAGAAGAAACAUAUGUAAUCACUGCAAGAAUGUCACCUGAAGUUGCCAUUGAAACAGAUCCUCCUGCAAUGACACUAAGGCACGGUGCUUCGCGCAAGUUCACCGUGACUCUCACACCUCGCUCCAUCACCGGGCGAUACAGUUUCGGAGAGGUCACACUGAAAGGAAGCAGAGGGCAUGUUGUGAAGAUUCCUGUUGUAGCAUUGGGCAGUCGCCGGUAGUUUGGAGGUUUGUAAUCCCACUUCAUGAUAUACGAUGUUGUAUUCUUUGGAUCUAUUGAGAAUAAGAUGCAUAACAUAACUUGAGUUACUUUGUCAGGAUCUGAGAUUUUAAAAUUUAAAUGAUGUAGAGAUGGCUAGCCUUGAGAGGAGGGAGAGAUUUAUUUUUCAUCCCACCAACUGAUUUGUGUUUGUGACAUGGCGAAAUUCCUUAUUUGCCAUGCAAGGACAUUGCUCUUCCUAAAUCUCCACUUAUUCAGCCUGUGAACAAAUAAAUCCCUACCACAGUUCCCAUUGUUCUUAGUUCAUGUAGAAAUCUAUACAACCAAACUGCUUUCUCAUUAAUCAAGACGAAGUAUGAAU